CACCUCUUGCACCCGUGCAACUUGAUGGUGCUCUUGAGGGGGGACCUGGCAGUCGCUCGUCUCCCGACGCAGGAUGCUCAGAUCCGUACCACCAAACUGCUGAGAUGGCGGGAGAUGAUGCGACACCACGGCGGCUGCUACAGUUGGUGGCGUAAUGCUAUUAAAAGUUAAAUUACGUAUUAGUAAUGUUUGUAGUAAUGUAAUCACAAAGCUAAACAGCAACAUAUUAAACUAUUAUUAUUUACACUAUUGUUGCAACAAUUCGGUGUAUCCAUAUGUAAAGGCGUACUUCGCAGCUUUGAUCGUUCCACAAAUGAAUUUAUUGCCUUCUGCAUUAUAUAUUUAAAUUAUGAGUUCACUGGUUCACAGUUACGUUACAACUAAAUAUUUUUCAGUCGGCGCCCUGAUUAAGUCAUGUACAACGCACAAAUUUCCACUAUGAAGAGAAAGUUAGUGCUUGUUCACAAUGAGCGUAAGCAUAUAGACACACAUAGUGUAAACGUAAAACGUAAAGUUGAAACAAUAAAAAACCAAUGCACCUGUUCAGAGUGAGGUUACGUAAUUUGUAUGUAUUACGUAUACUUUGCGCGGUUACGUAAGGUAAACGUAAAGUUGAAGUUUGUUCAACUUUACGAAUUUCUUACGGAAAUAUCUAGGGAAUUUAAUUCCACAGAGUUACAUAAAUGGGGGAAUUGGUAUAACGUCUCGAACUUCGUGCAGCUGUUUCUUCAAUCAUAACCUUAUCAUAACACAUCUGUCAUCUGUGCUACUACAUAUUUACUUAAGUUGUUGUGACCGCUACAAGUACUGGAAUUGUCAAUAUGGAAAAAAUAGAUAUAGAACUAUUAAUUAAUUUAGUUAGGUUAAAAGAAUAUCUUUAUAGUAAGGGGCAUAAAUAUUACAAAGAUAUUAUUCGCAAAGAAAAUGCCUGGAAAGAAAUAGCUGCCACUGUAAAUAGUACCAUUUAAGUAUUUUUGGUUUAAUCUUUGUGAAUACCCGAAUAAGUAUUUGUAGGUGAAAACUGUGAAAAGAUGUGGAAAAGCUUACGGGAGAAAUAUACCCGAGAAAGAAAAAAAAUUACUAAUCGACCAAGCGGGAGUGGUGCAACAACCACACCGGUUUGGACCUGGUUUGGGGAUUUGCAGUUCUUGGAUGAGUGCAUCCAACAACGAAGGGUUGAUCGUAACUCAAGCAACGUAAUCACCUCUUUGAACACGUCGCUUGGUGAUUCAGUAAUCGUGGAGGAGGAGGAAGAAGUAGCAAGUGGAGAGUCAUACAGUUCUGAAUUUUGCAAUGAAGGUGUACACUAUGAAUCGGCAAAUAUAGACCUCAAUGAAACUCUUCGUAAUACAGAAAGUGUAGAAUCUCUAUUGCCUAACGCAGGCACCACAUCAUCUUCAAAAAUUUCUGAAGCAUGCAGUAAAGAGAAGAAUGUAAUUCAUGUUUUAUUGGUUUAGACCAUAUGAAUGAGAGAAGAAAGCGUAAAAGAACAGAACCUCUACAAAAAAAAGAUGUGGAUACAAAAAUAUUGGAAACCUUAGAAACCAUUAAUGUGCAAUAUUCAGGAGAACAGGCGUUUGGAAAUCUCGUUGCACUUGAACUCAACCAAAUUGCAGAUAAGGCUAAAAGAAAUCAAAUAAAAGGGCAAAUUAUGAAUUUAAUUUUUAAUUCAUAAGCAUGUUUAUUUAUAAGUAGACAUAGUUUAAAGUGAACAUAGUUUUUGUUGUAAGAAUGUGCAAUGACAUUAAAUUUAUUAUGUUCUUUUAACAUA